UGCGAGUCCAGUGUAGGCAGCAGGAGGUACAACGUUUGAUAGUUUGGCCCACUGCACUUCCAAAUAGCCUGAGGAGCUUGGGUAAGCCAUCUUGGCCGCAUCGUGCCUCCGUUUCCUCUUCUGUUCCCGAGAAGUCUAGGGCACUCUAGGCAGCGGGAUGCAGCGCCGGGCCGAUUGAAUGUGGUGCGUGCGCGCGCGCGCUCUGAAAACGGCAGGGAGCUCUCCCCGCUACUGCCUCUGCACCGCACUUUGGUGCGUCCUUCCAGCCCAGCUAGGGGUGGAGGAAGCCUGGGCUCUAAAAUUAGUCCAGCUUCCAGGCGAGGCGCCCAGAGCGUCCUGCUGCCCGCCGCCGCGUCUCCCCGGCCCCCUCCCGCGCCUCUCGUCUUCGCGUGGCGCUCGGAGAUCACUGGUCGUCCCCCACGAGGACGCAGCUCUGCGGGGAGGGAGGAGGAGACAGCGAAGCUGGGGGCUUGGCAGUGCGGCGGCGGCAGCGAUGGGGAACCCGAAGCAGCUCCUCGACUAGCUGUAGCGGUGCAGGCUGCCGAGAGCAGACGCGAGAACCGCUCCUCCCGGCAGGCUGCGCUGUGAUCUGGGCUGAGCAUUGGGACCUCUCUCCCGGUCCCCCUCCUCCCGCCGCCAUCCUCCUCCGACUCCCCUCCUCCGCCCGCCAACCCGCAGCGGUGGCGGCGUCCUGAGCGCCAAGCGCGGAGCGCCUCCGCUCGCCUCACCAGCUUUAGCCGGGAGCACGCGGCGAGCACUGCGGCGGAGGCGGCGGCGUGGCCAGCUCGCCCUAGGCCGGAGAAGAAGACCACGGAGGACGCGUCUGGUGCAGGAGAGCAUCGCCAGCAGAGGCAAGGGAUGGACAUGUGAUGUGAUGGGUGUGACUAUGGGACACUGUGUGGGCACAAGGCCUCCUUCUUGCCUCCUCCUGCUGCUCCUGAAGCUGUUGGCCACUGUCUCCCAGGGGUUGCCAGGAACGGGGCCCCUGGGCUUCCACUUCACACAAUCCAUCUAUAAUGCUACAGUGUAUGAAAACUCAGCAGCGAGGACCUAUGUCAGCAGCCAGAGCAGAAUGGGCAUCACCUUAAUAGACCUGUCCUGGGACAUCAAGUACAGAAUAGUGUCUGGUGACGAGGAAGGUUUCUUCAAAGCUGAAGAGGUCAUCAUUGCAGAUUUCUGCUUUCUCAGGAUUAGAACUAAAGGUGGCAAUUCUGCCAUAUUGAACAGGGAAAUCCAAGACAAUUAUUUAUUAAUCAUAAAAGGUUCCGUCAGAGGAGAAGAUUUGGAAGCAUGGACCAAAGUGAACAUCCAGGUUUUAGACAUGAAUGACCUGAGGCCUCUGUUUUCACCUACCACUUACUCGGUCACUAUUGCAGAAAGCACACCACUCAGGACCAGUGUUGCCCAGGUGACGGCGACAGAUGCAGACAUCGGUUCCAAUGGAGAAUUCUACUACUACUUUAAAAACAAGGUUGAUCUUUUUUCAGUCCACCCCACAAGUGGUGUCAUCUCAUUAAGUGGACGAUUAAAUUAUGAUGAGAAGAACAGGUAUGAUCUAGAAAUCUUAGCAGUGGACCGGGGAAUGAAACUCUAUGGCAAUAAUGGAGUCAGCAGUACUGCUAAGCUUUAUGUUCACAUUGAACGCAUAAAUGAACAUGCUCCAAUUAUCCAUGUGGUCACUCACAUCCCUUUCUCAUUGGACAAGGAGCCAACAUAUGCAGUAGUGACAGUUGAUGACCUGGACGAGGGGGCCAAUGGAGAGAUCGAAUCUGUGUCCAUCGUGGCUGGAGAUCCUUUGGAUCAGUUCUUCCUGGCCAAAGGAGGAAAGUGGAUGAAUGAGUAUAAAGUCAAGGAGAGAAGGAAGGUAGACUGGGAAAGCUUCUCUUAUGGCUACAACCUCACUCUUCAAGCAAAAGACAAAGGGUCACCUCAGAAGUUUUCAGAACUAAAGACAGUCCACAUUGCCAACCCCAAGAGAGACAGCACCCCGGUCAGGUUUGAAAAAGAUGUGUAUGAAGUCAGCAUAAGUGAGUUUUCCCCUCCUGGUGUCUUGGUGGCCAUAGUCAAGGUGAAUCCUGAGCCACUGGAUGUGGAAUACAAACUAUCUCCUGGGAAGGAUGCAGAAUACUUCAAAAUUAACCCUCGGUCAGGCCUGAUUGUCACAGCACAGCCCCUGAAUAUAGUGAAGAAAGAAGUUUAUAAGCUGGAGGUAACAGAUAAAGAAGGAGAUGUGAAGGCACAAGUCACCAUUGGGAUUGAGGAUGCCAAUGACCACACCCCAGAAUUCCAGCAGACACUGUAUGAGACUUUUGUGAAUGAGAGUAUUCCUGUUGGAACAAAUGUCCUGACAGUGUCCGCCUCUGAUAAGGAUAAAGGAGAAAAUGGCUACAUCACUUACAGCAUUGCCAGCCUGAACCUUUUACCAUUCGCCAUUAACCAGUUCACGGGUGUGAUCAGCACAACUGAAGAGUUAGAUUUUGAAUCCUCCCCAGAGACCUACAGGUUCAUCGUGAGAGCAUCUGACUGGGGCUCCCCAUACCGCCAUGAAAGCGAGGUGAAUGUGACCAUUCGGGUGGGAAAUGUCAAUGACAACAUCCCUCUCUUUGAAAAAGUGGCUUGUCAGGGAGUCAUUUCAUAUGACUUUCCUGUUGGGGGCCACAUCACAGCUGUCUCUGCGAUAGAUAUUGAUGAACUCGAACUUGUAAAGUACAAAAUCAUUUCUGGAAAUGAACUUGGAUUCUUUUAUUUAAACCCAGACUCUGGUGUUUUACAACUUAAAAAGCCACUGAUGAAUUCCGGCAUUAAAAAUGGUAAUUUUGCCCUCAGAAUCACAGCUACAGAUGGGGAAAAUUUUGCAGACCCCAUGACCAUUAACAUCUCAGUCCUCCACGGGAAAGUGUCUUCAAAGAGCUUCAGUUGCAGAGAAACUCGUGUGGCUCAGAAAUUGGCAGAGAAGCUGCUCAUUAAAGCAAAAGCUAAUGGAAAACUGAAUCUAGAAGAUGGGUUUCUUGACUUUUAUUCAAUUAAUAGGCAGGGACCACAUUUUGACAAGUCUUUUCCCUCUGAUGUGGCUGUGAAGGAGGAUAUGCCAGUUGGAACUAACAUCCUGAAGAUUAAAGCAUAUGAUGCUGACUCUGGCUUCAAUGGCAAGGUGCUGUUUACAAUAUCAGAUGGAAAUACAGACAGUUGCUUCAAUAUUGAUAUGGAAACUGGACAACUGAAAGUCCUUAUGCCCAUGGACCGAGAGCACACGGACCUCUAUCUCCUCAACAUAACCAUAUAUGACCUUGGAAAGCCACAGAAAUCCUCGUGGCGAUUGCUGACUGUCAAUGUGGAGGAUGCGAAUGACAACAGCCCAGUGUUCCUUCAGGACAGCUACUCGGUCAGCAUUCUUGAAAGUUCAAGUAUCGGCACUGAGAUUAUCCAAGUGGAAGCAAGAGACAAAGACCUGGGCUCUAACGGUGAGGUAAUGUACUCGGUUUUGACAGACACACAGCAGUUCACCAUCAAUAGCUCAACUGGAAUUGUUUCUGUAGCUGAUCAACUGGACAGGGAAUCCAAAGCCAACUAUUCUUUGAAAAUAGAAGCCAGAGACAAAGCAGAAAGUGGCCAGCAACUGUUUUCUGUUGUCACCCUGAAGAUCUUUCUGGAUGAUGUCAAUGACUGCUCCCCAGCUUUCAUCCCCACUAGCUACAGUGUGAAGGUUCUUGAAGAUCUCCCUGUUGGUACAGUCAUUGCUUGGCUUGAGACUCAGGAUCCUGACCUUGGAUUAGGGGGUCAAGUGCGUUACUCUUUGGUUAAUGAUUAUAAUGGGAGGUUUGAAAUAGACAAAGCAAGUGGAGCCAUCCGCUUGAGCAAAGAGCUGGACUAUGAGAAGCAGCAAUUCUACAACCUUACAGUCAGGGCCAAAGACAAAGGGCGGCCUGUCUCUCUGUCAUCAGUUUCUUUUGUUGAGGUGGAGGUGGUGGAUGUCAAUGAAAACCUCCAUAUGCCCUAUUUCCCAGACUUUGCUGUUGUUGGAUCUGUAAAAGAAAACUCACGGAUUGGAACAAGUGUGCUGCAGGUGACUGCCCAUGAUGAGGAUUCUGGUAGGGAUGGAGAGAUCCAGUACUCCAUAAGAGAUGGCAGUGGUCUUGGGAGAUUCAGCAUAGAUGAUGAGAGCGGAGUCAUCACUGCUGCUGACAUUCUUGAUCGAGAGACAACGGGGUCAUACUGGCUGACAGUGUAUGCCACAGACAGGGGUGUGGUCCCUCUCUAUUCCACCAUUGAGGUCUACAUAGAAGUUGAAGAUGUGAAUGACAAUGCCCCCCUGACCUCGGAACCCAUCUAUUAUCCUGUUGUCAUGGAAAACUCUCCCAAGGAUGUGUCUGUCAUUCAGAUACAAGCCGAAGACCCUGACUCUGGUUCCAAUGAAAGACUGACCUAUAGGAUUACAAGUGGAAACCCACAGAACUUUUUUGCCAUAAAUAUCAAAACAGGUCUGAUUACCACGACUUCAAGGAAAUUGGAUCGAGAGCAGCAGGCGGAACAUUUUCUGGAGGUGACAGUGACAGAUGGUGGUUCUUCUCCAAAACAGUCCACCAUUUGGGUGGUAGUUCAGGUUCUGGAUGAAAAUGACAACAAGCCCCAGUUCCCUGAGAAGGUCUACCAGAUCAAGCUUCCAGAACGUGACCGCAAGAAGAGGGGAGAGCCUAUUUACAGGGCUUUUGCAUUUGACCGAGAUGAAGGCCCCAAUGCAGAAAUCUCCUACAGUAUUGUGGAUGGGAAUGAUGAUGGAAAGUUCUUUAUUGACCCUAAAACUGGCAUGGUCUCUUCCAGAAAGCAAUUCACAGCAGGCAGUUAUGACAUCUUGACGAUCAAGGCUGUGGACAAUGGCCGACCACAGAAGUCCUCCACGGCCCGCCUCCAUAUUGAAUGGAUUAAGAAGCCCCCACCUUCACCUAUACCACUGACAUUCGAUGAACCGUUUUACAACUUCACAGUCAUGGAAAGUGACAAAGUCACAGAGAUCGUAGGGGUGGUGUCUGUGCAGCCAGCCAACACCCCUCUGUGGUUUGACAUUGUUGGGGGGAAUUUUGACAGCUCUUUUGAUGCAGAGAAGGGUGUUGGGACAAUUGUCAUUGCCAAACCUUUGGAUGCAGAGCAAAGGUCGGUCUACAACAUGAGCGUGGAAGUCACCGAUGGAACAAAUGUUGCUGUCACUCAGGUAUUUAUCAAAGUGCUGGAUAAUAAUGAUAAUGGCCCAGAAUUCUCCCAGCCACAUUAUGACGUGACAAUUUCUGAGGAUGUGCUUCCUGAUACAGAGAUACUGCAGAUUGAGGCCACAGACAGAGAUGAGAAACAUAAGCUGAGCUACACCAUCCACAGUAGCAUUGAUGCCAUCAGCAUGAGGAAGUUCCGGAUAGACCCCAGCACGGGUGUGCUCUACACUGCUGAAAGGCUGGAUCAUGAGGCCCAGGACAAGCACAUCCUCAACAUAAUGGUCAGAGAUCAGGAAUUUCCUUACCGAAGAAACUUGGCCCGAGUCAUUGUGAACGUGGAGGAUGCUAACGAUCACAGCCCUUACUUUACCAGUCCACUGUAUGAAGCAUCGGUGUUCGAAUCAGCUGCUCUGGGAUCAGUUGUUCUGCAAGUGACAGCUCUGGACAAAGACAAAGGGGAAAAUGCAGAGCUCAUAUAUUCCAUAGAAGCAGGGAACACGGGGAACACGUUCAAGAUUGAACCAGUCCUGGGCCUCAUCACCAUCUCCAAAGAGCCAGACAUGACAGCCAUGGGUCAGUUUGUCCUGUCAGUUAAAGUCACAGAUCAAGGCUCUCCACCAAUGUCUGCUACUGCAAUUGUGCGCAUCUCCAUCAGCAUGUCUGAUAACUCCCAUCCCAAGUUCACUCACAAAGACUAUCAAGCUGAAGUAAAUGAAAAUGUUGAUAUUGGAACUUCUGUCAUCCUGAUCUCAGCCAUCAGCCAGUCAACCCUCAUUUAUGAGGUCAAAGAUGGAAACAUCAAUGGAGUCUUUACCAUAAAUCCAUAUUCUGGAGUCAUCACAACUCGGAGAGCUCUGGAUUAUGAGCAGACUUCUGCCUAUCAACUCAUCAUUCAGGCCACUAACAUGGCAGGCAUGGCUUCCAAUGCCACUGUCAGCAUUCAGAUUGUGGAUGAAAAUGAUAACCCUCCAGUGUUCCUCUUCUCUCAAUACUCAGGCAGCCUGAGUGAGGCUGCCCCCAUCAACAGCAUUGUCAGGAGCCUAGACAGCAGCCCAUUGGUGAUCCGAGCCACUGAUGCAGACAGUAACCAAAAUGCAUUACUGGUGUAUCAGAUUGUGGAGUCCACAGCUAAGAAGUUCUUCACAGUGGACUCCAGCACAGGGGCCAUCAGAACAAUUGCCAACCUGGACCAUGAAGCCAUUGCACAUUUCCAUUUCCACGUGCAUGUGAGAGACAGCGGGAGCCCCCAGCUGACUGCAGAGAGCCCUGUUGAAGUCAACAUUGAGGUGACAGAUGUGAAUGACAACCCACCUGUGUUCACUCAGGCUGUGUUUGAGACUGUCUUACUUCUCCCCACCUAUGUUGGUGUGGAGGUUCUGAAGGUGAGUGCCACAGACCCUGACUCAGAGGUACCCCCUGAACUGACAUACAGCCUCAUGGAAGGGAGUGUGGAUCAUUUUCUAAUGGACCCAAAUAGUGGAGUGCUCACCAUAAAAAACAAUAAUCUCUCCAAAGAUCAUUACAUGCUGAUAGUCAAAGUAUCUGAUGGGAAGUUCUACAGUACUGCCAUGGUCACCAUCAUGGUUAAAGAAGCCAUGGACAGUGGCCUCCACUUCACACAAAGCUUUUAUUCCACCUCCAUCUCAGAGAACAGCACAAAUAUAACCAAAGUUGCUAUUGUCAAUGCAGUUGGAAACCGCCUUAAUGAGCCCUUGAAAUACAGCAUCUUAAACCCAGGAAAUAAAUUCCAGAUAAAAUCUACCUCAGGAGUCAUUCAGACCACAGGAGUACCCUUUGACCGCGAAGAACAGGAGUUAUAUGAGUUGGUGGUGGAAGCCAGUCGUGAGCUGGACCAUUUGCGUGUGGCGAGGGUGGUAGUCAGGGUUAACAUUGAGGAUGUAAAUGACAACUCUCCUGUCUUUGUGGGCCUCCCUUACUAUGCUGCUGUGCAAGUUGAUGCUGAGCCAGGGACUCUGAUAUACCGAGUGACAGCCAUUGACAAAGAUAAAGGUGCCAAUGGAGAAGUGACCUACAUCUUGCAGGAUGACUAUGGCCACUUUGAAAUUAACCCUAAUUCAGGGAAUGUGAUUUUAAAAGAAGCAUUCAACUCAGACCUCUCCAACAUUGACUACGGAGUCACCAUCCUCGCCAAGGAUGGUGGCAAUCCAUCUCUAUCCAAAUCAGUGGAACUUCCCAUCACUAUUGUUAACAAAGCAAUGCCUGUGUUUGAUAAGCCCUUUUAUACAGCAUCAAUCAAUGAAGAUGUCACAAUGGACACCCCCAUUCUCAGUAUCAAUGCCACUAGCCCAGAAGGCCAGGGCAUCAUAUACCUCAUCAUUGAUGGGGAUCCCUUCCAACAGUUUAACAUUGACUUUGACACAGGGGUCCUGAAAGUCAUUAGUCCUUUGGAUUAUGAAGUCACAUCUGUUUACAAGUUGACAGUGAGAGCCAGUGAUGCUCUUACAGGUGCCAGGGCUGAAGUCACUGUGGAUGUGCUAGUGGAUGACGUCAAUGAUAACCCUCCUGUUUUUGAUCAGCCCACCUACAACACAACACUAUCUGAAGCAUCUCUCAUUGGAACCCCUGUUCUGCAACUUGUCUCAACGGAUGCAGACUCAGGAAACAACAAGCUGGUGCAUUAUCAGAUUGUCCAGGAUACCUAUAAUAGCACAGAUUACUUUCACAUCGAUAGCUCAAGUGGCUUAAUCCUGACAGCAAGGAUGCUAGACCACGAGCUGGUGCAACACUGCACCUUGAAAGUCACAGCAACUGAUAAUGGUUUCCCACCCAUGAGCAGCGAAGUUCUGGUUCACAUCUACAUAUCUGAUGUCAAUGACAACCCCCCAGUUUUCAAUCAGCUCAUUUAUGAAUCCUAUGUGAGUGAAUUAGCCCCCCGGGGUCAUUUUGUAACCUGUGUGCAAGCCUCAGAUGCAGACAGCUCUGACUUUGACCGGUUGGAAUACAGCAUCUUAUCUGGGAAUGACCGAAUGAGCUUUCUGAUGGACAGCAAGAGUGGAGUCCUCACACUGUCUAGCCACAGGAAGCAGCGCAUGGAGCCUCUGUAUAGUCUCAAUGUGUCUGUGUCUGAUGGGCUGUUUACCAACACUGCCCAGGUGCACAUCAGAGUCCUUGGGGCUAACUUGUACAGCCCUGCCUUUUCACAAAGCACAUAUGUAGCUGAGGUAAGAGAGAAUGCAGCUUCUGGGACAAAGGUCAUUCAUGUCCCAGCCACAGAUGGGGAUCCAGGAACAUACGGACAGAUCAGCUAUUCCAUCAUCAAUGACUUUGCCAAGGACCGAUUCCUCAUAGACAGCAAUGGACAGAUCAUCACAACGGAAAGACUAGACCGUGAAAACCCUCUGGAAGGAGAUAUUAGUAUUUACCUGAGGGCCCUGGAUGGAGGGGGGAGGACGACAUUCUGCACCGUGCGGGUGAUUGUGGUGGAUGAGAAUGACAAUGCCCCUCAGUUCCUGACGGUGGAGUACAGGGCCAGCGUCAGGGCUGACGUAGGAAGGGGCCACUUAGUUACUCAGGUUCAAGCUUUGGAUCCAGAUGAUGGAGCAAAUUCUAGGAUUACAUAUUCUCUCUACAGUGAGGCCUCGGUCUCAGUGGCUGACCUCUUGGAAAUUGAUCCUGAUAAUGGCUGGAUGGUGACCAAGGGCAAUUUUAACCAACUAAAAAAUACGGUGCUGUCCUUCUUUGUGAAGGCAGUAGAUGGUGGCAUCCCAGUCAGGCACUCCCUCAUUCCUGUCUACAUCCACGUCCUGCCCCCUGAAACAUUCCUGCCUUCAUUCACCCAGUCCCAGUACUCCUUUACCAUUGCAGAAGAUACAGCCAUUGGAAGCACAGUGGACACCCUGAGGAUUCUGCCCAAUCAGAGUGUCCGGUUCAGCACCGUUAAUGGAGAACGGCCAGAGAAUAACAAAGAGGGUGUCUUUAUCAUAGAACAAGAGACAGGCGCUAUCAAGCUCGACAAGCGCCUUGACCAUGAAGUCAGCCCAGCUUUCCACUUUAAAGUAGCAGCUACUAUACCGCUGGACAAGGUGGACAUUGUAUUCACUGUGGAUGUAGAUGUCAAGAUACUGGAUCUGAAUGACAACAAGCCAGUCUUUGAAACAUCAAGCUAUGAGACAAUUAUAAUGGAGGGAAUGCCUGUCGGCACCAAGCUUGCCCAGGUGAGAGCCAUAGACAUGGAUUGGGGAGCCAAUGGGCAGGUCACUUACUCCCUACACUCAGAUUCCCAUCUUGAAAAGGUAAUGGAAGCAUUCAAUAUUGACAGCAACACAGGAUGGAUCAGUACACUGAAGGACCUGGACCAUGAGACAGACCCUGCCUUCUCCUUCUCUGUGGUGGCUUCUGACCUUGGAGAGGCUUUCUCUCUUUCUUCCAUGGCUCUGGUCUCAGUCAAGGUGACAGAUAUCAAUGACAAUGCACCAGUCUUUGCUCAUGAGGUGUACCGAGGAAAUGUAAAGGAGAGUGACCCCCCGGGAGAGGUGGUAGCUGUUCUCAGCACCUUGGACAAAGAUACCUCCAACAUAAAUCGCCAAGUGAGCUACCACAUUACGGGAGGGAACCCCCGAGGACGGUUUGCCCUGGGCAUGGUACAGAGUGAGUGGAAGGUCUAUGUGAAGAGACCUCUGGAUCGAGAGGAACAAGACAUUUACUUCCUCAAUAUCACUGCCUCUGAUGGACUCUUUGUCACACAGGCCAUGGUGGAAGUGACUGUUAAUGAUGUGAAUGACAACAGCCCAGUAUGUGAUCAGGUUGCAUAUUCAGCAUCUCUUCCAGAAGACAUUCCAUCAAAUAAAAUCAUCCUGAAGGUCAGUGCCAAGGAUGCGGAUAUUGGAUCCAAUGGAGAGAUACGAUACUCACUCUAUGGAUCUGGAAACAAUGAAUUUUUUCUAGAUCCAGAAAGUGGCGAGUUAAAAACCUUGGCCCUGUUGGAUCGGGAGAGGAUCCCAGUAUACAGCCUGAUUGCCAGGGCCACUGACGGGGGCGGCCGCUUCUGCCACUCCAGUGUCCUCCUGCUCCUGGAAGACGUGAAUGAUAACCCCCCUGUGUUUUCCUCCGACCACUACACUGCGUGUGUCUACGAGAACACAGCCACUAAGGCUCUGCUGACCAGAGUGCAGGCAGUGGACCCGGAUGUUGGUAUCAACAGGAAGGUUGUGUACUCCCUGGAGGACUCAGCCGGUGGGGUCUUCUCCAUUGACAGCUCUUCUGGGGUCAUCAUCCUGGAACAGCCUCUGGACCGAGAGCAGCAGUCAUCAUACAACAUCAGUGUGCGGGCCACCGACCAGAGUCCCGGACAAUCCCUCUCCUCUCUCGCCUCUGUCACCAUCACUGUCCUGGACAUCAAUGACAACCCCCCUGUGUUUGAGAGGAGGGACUACCUAGUAACAGUGCCUGAGGACACUUCCCUUGGUACCCAAGUCCUCUCUGUUUUUGCCACCAGCAAAGAUAUCGGCACAAAUGCUGAGAUAACGUAUCUCAUCCGGUCUGGGAACGAUCAAGGGAAAUUUAGGAUAAACCCAAAGACAGGGGGUAUUUCUGUCUUGGAAGCUCUGGACUAUGAAACAUGCAAACGAUUUUACCUGGUGGUAGAAGCCAAAGAUGGAGGCACCCCAGCCCUCAGCGCUGCAGCCACCGUCAGCAUCGACCUCACAGAUGUGAAUGACAAUCCUCCUCAAUUCAGUCAAGAUGUCUACAGUGCUGUCAUCAGUGAGGAUGCCUUGGAAGGGGACUCUGUCAUUCUGCUGAUAGCAGAAGAUGCAGACAGCAAGCCCAAUGGACAGAUUCGCUUUUCCAUCGUGGGUGGAGACAGGGACAAUGAAUUUGCUGUGGAUCCCAUCUUGGGGCUUGUGAAGGUUAAGAAGAAACUGGACCGGGAGCGGGUGAGUGUCGGGAUACUCCUGCUCAUCCAAGCAGUAGAUAGUGGCAUUCCUGCAAUGUCCUCAACGACAACUGUCAACAUUGAUAUUUCUGACGUCAAUGACAACAGCCCCGUGUUUACACCUGCCAACUAUACUGCUGUGAUCCAGGAAAAUAAGCCAGUGGGCACCAGCAUCUUACAGCUUGUGGUGACAGACAGAGACUCCUUUCACAACGGGCCUCCCUUCUCCUUCUCUAUUUUGUCGGGAAAUGAAGAUGAGGAGUUUGUGCUGGACUCCCAUGGGACCCUGAGGUCAGCAGUGGUCUUCCGGCACAUGGAAUCCCCAGAGUACCUGCUGUGCAUCCAGGCAAAAGACUCGGGAAAACCACAGCAAGUUUCUCAUACCUACAUCCGAGUGCGGGUCAUUGAGGAAAGCACCCACAAACCCACAGCCAUCCCUCUGGAAAUCUUCAUUGUCACCAUGGAGGAUGAUUUUCCUGGUGGAGUCAUUGGAAAGAUCCAUGCCACCGAUCAGGACAUGUAUGAUGUGCUCACAUUUGCCCUGAAAUCAGAGCAGAAGAGCUUGUUCAAGGUCAACAGUCAUGAUGGGAAAAUCAUUGCCCUGGGAGGGCUGGACAGUGGGAAGUACGUCCUGAACGUCUCUGUGAGUGACGGCCGUUUCCAAGUGCCCAUCGAUGUUGUGGUGCACGUGGAGCAGCUGGUGCAUGAGAUGCUGCAAAACACUGUCACCAUCCGCUUUGAGAAUGUGUCCCCUGAGGACUUUGUGGGGUUGCACAUGCAUGGGUUCCGGCGCAUCCUCCGGAAUGCGGUCCUCACCCAGAAGCAGGACAGCCUGCGCAUUAUUAGCAUCCAGCCUGUGGUGGGCACCAACCAGUUGGACAUGCUUUUUGCUGUGGAGAUGCACAGCAGCGAGUUCUACAAGCCAGCCUACCUGAUUCAGAAGCUGUCCAAUGCCAGGAGGCACCUAGAGAAUGUCAUGCAUAUAGCAGCCAUCCUGGAGAAGAACUGCUCAGGACUGGACUGUCAGGAGCAGCACUGUGAGCAGGGUUUGUCACUGGAUUCCCAUGCACUCAUGACCUACAGCACAGCUCGCAUCAGCUUCGUGUGUCCGCGUUUCUAUAGGAACGUGCGCUGCACCUGUAAUGGAGGAGUGUGCCCGGGGUCCAAUGAUCCUUGUGUGGAGAAGCCGUGCCCAGAGGACAUGCAAUGCGUGGGAUACGAGGCCAGCAGGAGACCAUUCCUCUGCCAGUGUCCCCCAGGGAAGCUCGGAGAAUGCUCAGGGCACACUUCUCUCAGUUUUGCUGGAAACAGUUACAUCAAGUACCGGCUUUCUGAAAAUAGCAAAGAGGAAGACUUCAAGCUAGCUCUGCGCCUGAGAACCCUGCAAAGCAACGGGAUCAUAAUGUACACUCGAGCCAACCCCUGCAUGAUUCUGAAGAUUGUGGAAGGCAAGCUGUGGUUCCAGCUGGACUGUGGCAAUGGCCCUGGGAUCCUAGGCAUCUCCAGCCGCGCUGUCAACGAUGGGAGCUGGCACUCAGUCUUCCUGGAGCUCAAUCGCAAUUUCACCAGCCUGGCCCUGGACGACAGCUAUGUGGAGCGGCGCAGGGCACCCCUGUACUUCCAGACACUAAGCACCGACAGUGCCAUCUUCUUUGGUGCCCUGGUACAGGCGGAUAACAUCCGCAGUCUGACGGACACGCGAGUCACACAGGUCCUCGGUGGCUUCCAGGGUUGCCUGGACUCCGUGGUGCUUAAUCACAACGAGCUGCCCCUCCAAAACAAGCGCAGCAGCUUCGCCGAGGUCGUGGGUCUGACAGAGUUGAAGCUGGGCUGUGUGCUCUACCCGGAUGCAUGCCAACGCAGCCCCUGUCUGCACGGGGGCAGCUGCAGCGGCCUACCCUCUGGCGGCUAUCAGUGUUCCUGUCUCUCACAGUUCACUGGAAUAAACUGUGAAUCAGAGAUCACAGCCUGCUUCCCCAACCCUUGCCGGAAUGGAGGAUCCUGCGAGCCCAUAGGAAACACUUUCAUCUGCAGCUGUAAAACUGGCCUCACAGGUGUCACGUGCGAGGAUGACGUGGACGAGUGUGAGCGAGAGGAGUGCGAGAAUGGGGGCUCCUGCGUCAACCUGUUCGGCUCCUUCUUCUGCAACUGCACCCCAGGCUAUGUGGGCCAGUACUGUGGCUUGCGUCCCGUGGUCGUGCCCAACAUCCAAGCCGGCCACUCAUACGUGGGCAAGGAAGAACUGAUAGGCAUUGCUGUGGUCCUCUUCGUCAUCUUCACCCUAGUCGUGCUUUUCAUCGUCUUUCGCAAGAAGGUCUUUCGAAAGAAUUACUCACGGAACAACAUCACGCUCGUGCAGGACCCAGCCACAGCCGCACUGCUGCACAAGAGCAAUGGCAUCCCAUUCCGUAGCCUGCGUGCAGGGGACGGGCGCAAUGUGUACCAGGAGGUGGGGCCCCCGCAGGUGCCAGUGCGCCCCAUGGCCUACACACCCUGCUUCCAGAGCGACUCCAGGAGCAAUAUGGACAAGGGGCUGGAUGCACUGGGUGGUGAGCCACAGGAGAUGAGUACAUUCCAUCCAGAGUCUCCACGCAUCCUGACUGCCCGUCGGGGUGUGGUGGUAUGCAGCGUGGCCCCCAACCUCCCAGCUGUGUCUCCCUGCCGCUCAGACUGCGAUUCCAUCCGGAAGAAUGGCUGGGACACGGGAUCUGAAAACAAAGGGGCUGACGACCCGGGAGAGGUGACCUGCUUCACCAGCAGUAACAAAGGCAGCAACUCCGAGGUUCAGUCCCUCAGCUCCUUCCAGUCGGACUCUGGAGAUGACAACGCAUCCAUAGUGACUGUCAUUCAGCUUGUCAACAAUGUAGUUGACUCUAUAGAGAACGAAGUGUCUGGUAUGGACCAAGGACAGAACUACAACAGAGCCUAUCAUUGGGACACCUCUGACUGGAUGCCUGGGGCACGGCUGUCUGACAUCGAGGAAAUGCCCAACUAUGAGAGCCAAGACGGAGGGUCAGCACACCAGGGUAGCACACGAGAGCUGGAGAGCGACUACUACCUAGGUGGAUAUGACAUUGACAGUGAAUACCCGCCACCUCAUGAAGAAGAGUUCCUGAGUCAGGAUCAGUUGCCCCCACCACUGCCUGAGGACUUCCCUGACCAGUAUGAGGCACUGCCCCCCUCCCAGCCCACCUCACUAGCUGGCACCAUGAGCCCAGACUGCAGGAGAAGGCCCCGCUUUCACCCCAGCCAGUACCUCCCUCCUCACCCGCUUCCCAACGAAACAGAUUUGGGGGGGCCCCCGUCCAGCUGCGAUUUCAGUACUUUUGCAGGAAGCAUGAACCAGGGCACGGAGGUCAUGGGCCCAGCAGACAGCGUGUCUCUGUCCUUGCACAAAUCCAGAGGCACCUCAUCCUCGGAUGUGUCAGCCCGCUGUGGCUUUGACAAUUCUGAGGUUGCCAUGAGUGACUACGAGAGCGCAGGCGAGCUCAACCUCGCCAACCUUCACAUUCCCUUCAUGGAAACACAGCACCAGACCCAGGUGUAGAGGACACCCAUAGGUGCUGUGCCCUGACUGUUACAGCAUGGAAGGAAAUAAGCUGCACUUGUGUCUGGAUGGAGAGAAGAAGUCUGUGGAAAUGUGGAUUUUCUAUGAGGAACACCUUCACAAGUCUUACCGUCACAAGCAAGCUUGACUCCCAGAGUGACAAGGAGAGGCUCAGAAAUUGUUUUGGGGGGAGGGGGAGCUGACAAUCCUUGUUUGUGGGUACCUGUGUUUGUGGCUUGGAAUGCAGAGAAGAAGGGCUGGGUGUACUAAGUCAAAGGGAGAACACGAACAGCUUUGUGCAUUACUGUGCCCCGGAAGGUAGGAAUGCAAAGGUCCUUGCAGUAUUAAACCCUGCCACCGCCAGGGGCAUCGAUCGGUGCAUGCGAUUUUGAGCCAAGGAAGUGAAAAUAGUAGUGAUGUUUGUCAGAAAGUUAGUGUUCUAGAUGAAAGAAAAGAGAUGUGAAUGUUAGACAAGAAGGUGGGCGGAAGCCUUUAAAACCAACUCUAUUUUUAAACAAGCUGUCUAAUUUUCAGCUAUAAAAUUAGGUUUGAGUAACAUGCUUAGUGUGCUCAGAUUUUUUUUCUUGUUUGUGUUAAGCAUCUGAUAUCAUACAGUUGGCUUUGUGGUCUUUGAGAAAGUUUCCAGGAAAGAGCAAUAAGAGACUAUCUAGACUCCGGUGGGUGGGUUGGGGGAGGUUAAUGUUCAAACAUUAGAAAGACUGUAACGACCUUGUUCUGUGUUUCUGGCAAACAAUUCUAGCCAUAUCUUGGUUCUAACACUGCUGCAGAAAUAGGCCCCUGCUGGUAUAUUGCUCUCUAGAAUGAGACAUAUUGGAAAGCCUAAGCAGAAUUCACAGAUUCAGAGAAGAGGGGCAUGUGAGAUUGUCACAGGUGAUCACAAUUCUUCACACUGAAGGUGAAAGUUGUAUGUGUUAUUCUAAAAUGGUAGUGGUGUCAUUAUAAAUAUUUUUAGGUUUUUAAGAAAAAGGUAAGUAGUGACCAUGUAUAAAUUAAAUUGUGUGCGUGUGUGCGCUCGCACGGGUGGAUGCGUGUGUGCAAGUGUGUGUGCCUGUGUGCAUGUGUGCAUGUGAGGAGGCCCUAAGUAUUGCUCUGAGUGUGCACUCACUACAGCUGCUCUUGAGGGAAGCUGCCCCAAAGGGUUUAGGAUUCAGUGUUGGAAAUUGUGAGGUGAGCAAGCAUUGCUCACCUCCUGAUUUCUCUGAUCUUUAGCGUUACAGAAACACCAAAUGCCAUAUCUUACUCCAAUUUAGUUAACCUUAUUUUAGUACUGCCAUUUAUAUUAACUUAAAAGCAAGUACUGUGAUUUUUUUAAAGACUAUUUUAUAGUUUUCCAGAACUACUAUUUGAAACUCUGUAACAUUUGAUUACACCUCGGGGUCUCCCUCCCAUCUAACCUAUGGCCUUUGGUCAUCACUUACCCGUGACAGCAUGCUCAUCCCACUGAGAACACAAGACCCCAACAUUCCAAAGUUCAAGUCAGCAGUGGAGUUAACUUUCCUCUUCCACUUCGAUCAGCUGUGGCCACCGCCUGUGCAGUGAGCACGGCAAAGGAACGCAUAUUUGCACAUCUGCCUAGUGAGCAAAUCUCUGUAUGGAUGGCUCCUGUUGUAUAAAGGGAGCUGUCUGGGAUCUGCUUAUCACCUCCUCCAUUGUCUUUAAUCCUCUUACUUCUCUGGAGGAGUCGGUGUUUCAGAACAUCUGUCAUUUAAAAAAUCCCUUCCAUCCCCAGACUUCCUGAGUUAGAGGAUAUGCUUGUCGGGUUUCUCUCCUUUUCUCUUCCGUUCUCUAGGUUAGACUCACCCAAGGAGGCAUUAUCCACACUGUGGUCUUGAAAUAAAUGACUUACACUAAGGCUGCUUUCAAGGAUAAAGUCUUUAGUAUUUUUCUUAGGUAAGAAGCACAUUUGCAAGAGUCGCAAAGAAAAUGACAAGCUAAUGGUGCAGAAUUGAAUCACCGCUGUGCUCUAAUAACACAACAGCAUAAAACCAUCAAAGGAAAACCAACAAGUCAUUUCUUGCCCCAGGCAAUAUGAGAUGAGAUCCAUGCCAAUGAGUCACCAGUGCUUAGCCAGCAUCUCUCCCAGAGAGACCGCCUGGCCAACCCUAUAAUGAAGGCAUCAAUAGAGCUAACUGCAGGCAGUUGCCCAGUCACUGAAGAAAUCCCCACCCACCCUCUCCUCUGACCUACAUACCAUACUCUUUUCUUUAGGACACCUUUCUGUUAAAUUUCAGCAAAAUAGCUCUAUAGACAUUCCAGACGAGCACUGGGUCUAUUAGGUUCUUCUCUUUUUAAAAAUUUAGAUUUCCUUACAGAUUAGAAGGUGCGAUACAUGCAACUAGGUGGCAUGACCACAGUUCUAAAGAACUGGGUCAUUAAGAUUUUCUAGGCUAGCCCCCAUACUUCAUAAGGGAAGAAGCAUGCCCAGAGAAAGGAAGAGACUUGCCCAGGCUCACACAAAAGUUAACUCAUUGACAAAAACUGUCACCCAUCCACGUAGGCACUACUCUUUGUCUGUAAUGUUGCACCCCACUAAGCUGUCCUGAGCCGACAGCUGCUUCCUUCUCCUGAGCUCCCAACUUCCCGCUGUUCCUUCCUUCACUGAAAUAUGCAAGAAAACAAAACAAAUAAAGACCAUUUCUCUGGGACUCUGAUGGGCCCAGAGAUUUGGACAUUCAUCAAAAUGCUGCUUUUGCCAAAUGAAUGUUUCUAGAAUGGGGAUGGAGUGAGCACGGAACUAUAUUCAGACUAUAGUCGUCACUGGUAGUGAAACUGGUGGUGUGUAGCACACCCACUAGGUGUGUUUUAUGGAUUUAAUGUUGCUGAUUCCUUCUCAUAAGCUCUGCCCGCUAUCUGUUCUUGUUCUGUCCACCACGAUAGAAAAUUAGCCAAUUAGUGAGUGUCUGUGUAUCUGUUGGGAGUUGUGUUGCACACGUUCUGGUGAGUGUGAGAGAAGCUGUCAAUCUUUGUCCCACUCUAAGCAGGAGCUAUAGGGCUAUAAAGGAUAGACAGUGUGCUUCAUGUAUUCCCUUCCUCUGAGAGUAUUUUGCUGCUGAGCCUUAUCCCAUGCCUGCUUUCUGUGUACCCCUAUCCUGCCCACUCACAAAAUGCAAUGGGAAAGUCAUAGCAAUAUAUGUAGGUCAAGGCCAUAAUCUUAAAUUUUAAGCUGUUAGAGUCACAGGAAGGCCUGGGCAGAUUUACCUGGAACUGCCGUAAGAAAUCACUAUCUCAGAACAAAGGGAAAUGUUUCCUAUUGGCCUUUUUCUGCCGACUCCCUAGCCACAGUGCUGUGUCUGCUCUGCAGAAGCUGAGAGAGCCAAACAAACAAAAAGAGAAAGAUGAUCAGAACAACCAUGAAAGACCUGGUUAGAUGAAGUAAUUCAGCAAGAUCUAGUGUUCAUGUUCUGUGGGUUGUCUGGCAGACGUCUGGCCUCCUCACUGCUGCAGACACUGGUCGUGUGCUUAGAUUUGGAUGUCCUGUGCUUUAUGGGACCUGGGGCUUCCAAGGGGCAUUUCUUCAGUGCCAUCUCUCUGUGUGGUCUGUGAGGAGGCGGUGUGUGUUCUUGUUAGUUUGUGUCUUGCAACCUUCAACUGCACAGUGCUGAUUCAGGCCCAUCUCUUUGAGCUUCCGGUUGUACGUCACAGGGGGUUUAAAGUCGCCAUGCAUGGGUUUGACAUCAGCGAACAUUUAGCCAGACGGCUAAGACAGAAAAGAAUAAGGUAUUUCUUUCCUUAUGUAAUAAUGAAAAGCAAUAAUUACAAGUAUGUAACAAUACACAAAGGCCAUAAUUUGUCUCUUCCAGUGUUCAGGAUGCACUAGAGAAUUCUGUAGUCAUUUGGAGUGUGUUGGACCCGUUAGAAUGUCCUGUAGCACCCUUCAGCAAACAAAUCCCUGAAUUGCUCCUAUUUCACAAUUUUAUGAGCCCAUACUACUGGAUUUCGGGAGUGACAGAUGUGUCUGGAAAUGGGGCGGGUUCUUGCAAAGCACUGUUACCAGAGACCAUGUUGUACAUUUGUCUGUUAUAAACAAACAGGCUAGUUUGUAAAAGAUGUAUGUUUUUGGUGUUUAAAAUGUUUAUAAAAUUGUAUAUAGGUGGUUUCAAUUUUCCAGGCAUUUGUAGAUACAGUAUUUGAUGCCUAUCCGGAUGCUUUAAUUUGGAGGGUCAAAUAGAAUUCUUAGUCAUCCACGUUGUUAUUCUGUAAACUUUUGAGGUACACCCACAAAGAAAAGAGGGCGUUAGAUUUGAAAAGGAUGUUUUUUAUUCGUUUUGAAAUGUAUUGUGUCUUUCCUUUUAUUCGGCUGUUUCCAUUUAACUCUGUUUUCAAAAAAUGUUUCUAUUGGCUUUUUUUAAGAUGAAUGUGUUUUGCCCAGUUAUUAAGCACUCGACCUUCAUGCCAUUUCCUAGACAGAAUGAGCGGUCAUUUCUUCACCUACACGCUCACCUCAGCUCCCACACACAUCAACGCAAACCUUAUGCAAAGGGGAAAGUGAAUAGUUCACUGAAUCUUGUCCCUUACAGAAAUGGAUUGUUUCUGCAUAUAUUGCUGUUGGCGGUAUUCAGUCUUGUGUUCUUAAAAAAAAACAAAAGAAAGAAAGAAAGAAAAAAAUGAAAUAAAAGGACACAAAAAUUAUAGCCAAAAACUAAAACAAGAAAAAAAAAAUCUACCCAACGGUGUACAGGUUUGUAACUACCAAAUUUGAUCAUUAAAACAAGUUUUCAAGUAAAAGGAAAAAAUUAGUAUGAAACUCCACUGCGUUGGCUCUUCUUAAGUGUCUCAUCACAUCCAUCUGACGUGGCAGGUACUCUGGGAGCAAGCACUCUGCUAGGAAGACCCAUCCAGCAUGGCCUGUGGCUCAAAGAGGGCUCUGUUCUGAAGGAGAGGGUGUGGCUUCCUUUGUUUCAGCUCAGAGAUUGUUUAAAUGAUAUUCUGAUGCCCAUAUAGUAAAAUCUUAUGUCUUCCCAGGCAUAUGGUCUGUGGGCCUUUGCCUGAUAAGAAGCAUGAAAUAGAGAAUGCUGGAGGCCAGAGAGCAAAGGUCACCCACCAACUUCUACCUCAGCUGGAAUCACUGAACCCAAUCCCAGCUCUGCAAGGCAGGGCUCCACUUCCUCUGUCUCUGUCUGUGUCUCUCUGUCUCUCUCUGUCUCUCUCUCUCUCU